AUGGCUUCCACUGAAACUCUCCCUCGUUUCUUCAAAGUGUUCAUCUCCCAUUUUAGCUCAGACUCUAUGCUUAUCCCCAUCUCCUACUACGAUGAACUUCCACGUCAUUUGCCCAAGACAGCGAUUCUCCAAGGCACUGGUGGAUGUGUUUGGAAGGUAGCCAUGACGCUGAAGCUAGAGGAAGAGGAAGUGUACUUCGAACAAGGGUGGCCCAAAUUCGUUAAGGACAAUGCUCUGGUCGAUGGAGACUUUAUGACCUUCGUGUAUAACGGAGACAACAUUUUCGAGGUCAGCAUCUAUGGCCUUGAUGGAUGUAAAGAGACUAGAGCAGUGGCUGAAGUUGAGGAUGAGGAAGAAGAAGACAGUAUCUGUGCUCUAAGCAGCGAUGACACCACAGAUACUAGUGCUGAAUCUGAGAAGGCCAAAACAGUUCAGAGAAACAAUGACAAAGGAAAGGCAAAAGUGGAAGCUGUGGAUGAUUCUGAUGAUGAAGAAGACAGUGUUUAUUCUCUCAGCAACAGCAAAGACACAGACAAAGACACUUCUUCUGAAUCUGAAAUGGCCAAUGCAGUCCCGAGAAGCGAGGACAAAGGAAAGAAGAAGAAGAAAGUGGAGAGUUCUGAUAGUGAUUAUGCUGAAGAAUUUGGUCGCUUAGAGAUGGAAGAGGACUCGAGCAGUGACAGUUCUUAUGCUCCAGACAGUGAAGACACAGCCACUCAUGCCAAACGAAAAGUGACAAGUCCAAAGAAGAAAGGAGUAAAGAGCAUAAUCGAAAACCCGGAGGUGUAUCUGGAUGAUCCAACGAAUAUAUAUUUUGAGACAGGCGUGAAGAACAGGAAAUACGAGCUGUUAGUUCAUGCACAGCUGGUGAAAGACUACUGCCUGAGGUUUAAAGACUACAUUUACUACAUCGACCCAAAGGGGAAACUAGAGGCGAAAACGGCGAGGUGGAAGGACCAACGUGUGUGCAUCAAAAAAUGGAUCCGCAUUUGCAAUAGGAACAAGCUGAAGAAAGAAGAUCGUGUCGUGUGUGAGCUCUUGCGUAACAAAGAUCUGGUUUAUGCUGUUAAGAUCCACAUCGUCCGUGCGAAAUAUUUGGUGUGA